UCUUUUUCAGGACUUACUGUGCCUGGAAUCAUCGGCACCCUGGCUCAUGCCGUUGGAAGGAAUUUUUCUGACGUGAAUACCGGUGGCCUCGAUGUGGUUGCCAUGGUAACCGAAACUCUUCUGCUCUACACCCCUGGUGGCGGUUUCUGGACGGCCUGUUACUUGAUUUGCAUUCUCCUUAGUUGUUACUCGAUGGCUUUGUGGACUGUGGAGACAACAGUUAUGGCUAUAUGGGAUCUGCUGCCUCAUACACCUAGGUUCCGCCAGCUCCUGAGAAAGCAUGUUCUUGUAUCAGUUUUUGCUCUCCCUUGGCUGGCAUACAGUAUUGGUUACUGUAACAAGAACUCCUGGCGGUCCAUGGCAGAAGCUGAGCAGGUCACCUAUAGCCAACAAUCCAUGAUCGUUAUCUGUAUCCUCGAAUGUGUCGCUGUCUCUGCCGUGUUCGGAGCUCGACGAUUCCAGACGUGUUGGUCGGCCAUGCAGGGCAGGUUCUGCGGAUGUCCGUACCCGCUGCUGUUCUGGGGAAUUAUCACACCGAUUGUUUUGACGGUUCUUUUUAUUCUCUCGUUAUUCUCCAUUUACUCCCUGCUGAGUAUCGUCGGAGCGGUGGCGGCUGCACUAUAUUUCCUCUUCGUCGUCAUUUCGGCGGUUUUCCUGCUUUUUACAAGACCCGGCACGAUGAGACAGAAAUGGCGCAUCAUGACCACCCCGUGGGACCUGGCGCCACAUCAGAUGCAGCCGACCUAUGGAAGAUACGAGACGUUCACCAUGUCUGGAGUGGCACACUGAUACCUUUUUCACCGGUCAUGACCGGUCAUUUUCAUGCUAAGACAAACAGUCAUGUCGCUGUCGCGAAGAGUCAUGUCAUGUCAUGUUAUUUCAGUCAGGCCAUGUUAUGGAAGACAGUCAUGUCAUGAGACAGUCAUGCCAUGCUAUGACAGCUAAACAUGAAGGUGACUUAGCUUAGCAAAGAUGAAGACCAUCGAUUACACUUUGCUUGUGUUUAAACUUAAAUCUGUUGCCGGUUUUUCUGGGGUAUGUUUGUGUGCAUGUUUUGAAUCGGUCGGUACCCUACCUUACCAUUCGUUUGGUGUAUGCGGUUGACACUACGAAAUUUAGCCUCGUAAUGGCAAGAACGUUCGAAUGUUAAAUGCAAUACCUAUAUACCUACCAUACGGCCGAUAACACAGCCAUGCCAACUAGGAUGCUGCUACUAUAUUAAAACCGAAUUUAGUUGAAGACACUGCCAUGACGAAACCGAGACAUUGUCGUAACACUCAAUUGGAAUUCAAA